GCGGCAGAGAAGAAGAAGGGAGGGAAAAGCCUGGUGGACCCAGGUGGGUGGCCCUCCAGUCCACCCAGUUAAGGGACUGCCCUGCCUUCUUCCCCUCCCCCUUCACCUGGCUUUUAAGGGGCCGAGCCCAGAUCUCUGCUUCUUAAAGAGAAGCAGCUGCCGCAGCAGCUGCACUAGACUCUCUGGAAGGAGUGCACAGGGCAAAAACUCUGACCAUGACCUGGGACAGACUGCCCACGCAGCCGCUGUUGAUGCUGCUAAUGCUGUUGUUCGCUGCGGGCUCCGAGUCUGCCUUAGCGGGGUGCCCCAGCUGCGGGCCUGGGGUGCAGGAGGAAGACGCGGGGUCGCCUGCAGACGGCUGUGCAGAGGCCGGAGGCUGUUUCAGGAGAGAGGGGCAACCGUGCGGGGUCUACAUCCCUAAGUGCGCCCCAGGACUGCAGUGCCAACCCCGAGAGAACGAAGAGACACCUUUGCGGGCGCUGCUGAUCGGCCAGGGCCGCUGUCAACGCGCCAGAGGGCCGUCGGAAGAGACUACCAAGGAGAGCAAGCCCCAUGGAGGCGCCUCCCGCCCACGUGACAGAGACCGGCAAAAGAAUCCACGGACCUCGGCCGCCCCUAUAAGGCCCAGUCCUGUUCAAGAUAGUGAAAUGGGCCCCUGCCGCAGACACUUGGAUUCAGUACUGCAGCAGCUCCAGACUGAGGUCUUCAGAGGCGGAGCAAAUGGGCUCUAUGUGCCAAACUGUGACCUCAGAGGUUUCUACCGCAAGCAGCAGUGUCGUUCCUCGCAGGGGAAUCGCCGUGGUCCCUGCUGGUGUGUGGAUCCGAUGGGCCAGCCUUUGCCAGUGUCUCCAGAUGGCCAGGGAAGCUCUCAGUGCUCUGCCAGGAGCAGCGGGUGAAACCUGGUGGGAGCCUCCAGGACCCUGGCAGGAGCACGGGGCUGUCAUUUGAGCUCUAUGUGAAGUGAUGAUAACUCUGUGCCCCGAGAUGAGACCCACCUUCAAGCCCCACCCCAUUGUCCCUGUCACCCCUGGGCCUUUACACAGCAAGUUAGAAAGAUUGUUGUUGGCUUGUGUACUAAUAAAGCUGCCUUGGGGGGAUCUAGGGCUU